AUGUCCACUGAUAAAGCCCGUAACGAGACUAUUAUGGUUGAAAAGAUUGAUGAAGUGCAAAGAGAGAAUGUGGGUUUCGAUAUUUCCUAUGACGCUGCUGAUGGCCAUCUGGCAACCGAUCAAUAUGGUUCUCCAUUGCUGGAGAUAGAUCGAGCAGCUGAAGCCCGACUGCGACUGAAGAUUGAUCUUUACAUCGUGCCAACCGUGGCACUCAUGUACCUCUUUUGCUUUAUUGACCGCGCAAACAUUGGAAACGCCAAACUGGCAGGGUUCAACAAGGAUCUCGGUCUCAAAGGCUAUGACUACAACAUCGUACUAUCGAUCUUUUAUAUUUCAUACAUUUUAUUUGAAAUUCCAAGCAAUCUUGCAUGUAAGUGGAUUGGACCUGGCUGGUUUCUGCCAGCCAUUACACUUGGAUUUGGCAUCUGCUCGGUUGGCACAUCCUUUGUCACGAAUAUACACAAUGCCUGUGGUGUGCGAUUCUUGCUAGGUGCAUUUGAGGCUGGUCUGCUACCUGGUAUCGCUUAUUACCUCAGCCGUUGGUAUCGCCGAAGUGAGCUUGCCUUUCGCUUGUCUUUAUAUAUUGUGAUGGCUCCUCUGGCAGGUGCAUUUGGUGGCUUGCUGGCAUCGGGAAUAUUAAAACUAGACCAUUUUGGAGGUCUCCGCGGCUGGCGUAUGCUUUUUGCCAUUGAAGGAAUUAUCACAAUCGGGGUCUCCAUGUUGGCGUUCCUCACCUUGACUGACCGACCAGAAACAGCGCGAUGGCUGACAAAGGACGAGAGGGAACUGGCCAUUGCCAGAGUCAAAUCUGAGAGAGUUGCGACAACUGAAGUUCUUGACAAGAUUGAUCUCCCCAAGACCUUAUGUGGAAUUUUCAGCCCCGUGACGCUUGCCACGGCUUUUGUAUUUCUUCUAAACAACAUAACCGUUCAGGGUCUGGCCUUCUUUGCACCGACGAUUGUCCAGACGAUUUACCCCAAGGCCACUGUCAUAUCACAGCAGCUUCAUACGGUGCCACCCUAUGUUGUUGGUGCCUUCUUUACUGUUCUUUUCCCAUUUCUCAGCUGGCGAUUCGACCAUAGGCUGGUAUUCUUCAUCAUUAGCCCUCCAUUAAUGAUGACGGGAUAUAUUAUGUUUCUUGCUAGCGAUGACAACACGGUACGAUACGGAGCCAGUUUCAUCAUCGCUAGUGGUGCAUUUGCCUUGGGGGCGCUGUGCAACGCUCACGUAUCGGCAAACGUCAUCUCAGACACUGCUAGAUCAUCUGCCAUUGGGACGACUGUUAUGUUUGGCAAUAUUGGCGGCCUGAUUUCUACAUGGUCCUUCCUGCCAUUUGAUGCCCCGCACUAUCACAUCGGCAACGGCCUCAACCUUGCUACUUCAAGCCUCACUUUGGUCAUUGGGGCCUGUCUGUGGAUUUACAUAAAGCGGGACAACCAGAGGCGUAAAUCCAUUGAUGUGAACACUGCGCUGGCUGGACUUUCGCAAAAGCAAGUCCAAGAUUUGGAUUGGCGAAACCCGGCCUUUCAGUGGCGGCCAUGA